AUGGACAAAGAUCAAUGGAUGUAUGACAGUAUAAUGUUUGAAGAAGUUGAUAUGAAUGAUGAAAAUGAAAACGAAGCUGGUCUGAAUGAAGAAGAACAUGUUGAUUGUUCUGAUGUGUUAAAUACUUCUCAAUGGGCUCGAUCAGUCGCUUAUGAAAUUGGAUUUGUGGCGAUGAUUAUGAAGUCAGACACAAACACUGAUAUAAGAGGAAGGACUUCAUUUGUGUUAAUUGGUUGUGAAAGGAGUGGUCAGUAUAGGUCUAGGAAGAAAGAUUUUGUUAGAAGAGAUACUAGCAGUAGGAAAUGUGGGUGUCCUUUCAAGCUUCGUGGCAAACCAGUGGUUGGAGCGCAGGGUUGGAUGAUUGCUGCUGAGUAUGAGUGUGUACAUUAUGCUGGCAAAAAUCCUUCUCGUUGUGGAUGUGUGAUGAGAACUACUCAUGGUCUUCUAUAUGCAUGUGAGCUAUCCAAAUAUGUUAUUGUCAAACGUAGUGCAUCAUCUUCUGACCAGGCCAUUCCAAGAAGGACCAUGCCGAUGUUGGAUCGAUUUCAUCCGUUCAUUCAUGAUCUCAUUGAAAACAUUGUGGAUGUUAAAGCUGACGGUAACUGUGGAUAUCUUGCAAUUGUUGUGUUAUUAGGUAUGGGUAAUGGUCAUUGGUGUGCAACCAUUUUCCUAAAGAACUUGCCCAAUGGCCUGAUGAGUAUAUCAACCUUUUUGGUGGUUACUAUGGAUAAGUGGAUGGAUAUCACUGACAUGGGAUAUGUCAUUGCAUCGAGGUUUAUUUAA